GCCGAUUACGCCGGAUAUAGGCCUGAAAGCGCGGCUCUCGCGAGAACUCCUGUCUCCGCCCAGCCUUCCAGCGACGCCCUUGCAGCCAUAUUGCUUGUGGGCAGGAACCUGAGACUGACGGCUAGAGAACCAGGCACCGCGGACUCUGCGGUCUUGGUCUCUGACUUCGUCAUCCUGGUCUGCAUGACUUUCUGAGAUUCUGCCCCAGUUCUUGCUUUUGGAGGAGACCAGACUCCGAUCCUGUCGGCCCGUACCGGGUGGUCUGCCACCCCACGUCCAUGACUAAGCCCUAGGAAGGAGCGCCCUGCUUGCAGAUCCACCCGAGGGAACGAACGUCGGGGACCUGUCUACCCGCAAAGCAAGUGCUGUGAAGAUUGCUCUGGGAAAAAAGGAAGGAUGCCACUCUUUUUCCGGAAGCGGAAACCCAGUGAGGAGGCUCGGAAACGCCUGGAGUAUCAGAUGUGUCUGGCAAAAGAAGCUGGGGCAGAUGACAUUCUUGACAUCUCUAACUGUGAGCUCUCAGAGAUUCCAUCUGGGGCUUUUGCAACAUGCAAAGUUCUGCAGAAGAAGGUGUUGAUUGUCCACACAAAUCACCUCACUUCCCUGCUUCCUAAAUCCUGCAGCCUCCUGAGUCUCGCAACCAUCAAGGUUCUGGACCUUCAUGAUAACCAGCUGACAGCCCUUCCUGACGAUAUAGGGCAGCUGACAGCCCUCCAGGUCUUAAAUGUGGAAAGGAAUCAACUGACGUCCCUCCCACGUUCCAUCGGGAACCUGAUCCAGCUCCAGACCCUCAACCUGAAAGACAACAAGCUGAAGGAGCUUCCAGACACCCUGGGGGAGCUUCGGAGCUUACGCACCCUCGACAUCAGUGACAACAAGGUCCAGAGGUUGCCACAGAUGCUGGCGCACGUUCGAACCCUGGAGACUCUGAGCCUCGACGCGUCGUCCAUGGUUUACCCCCCUCAGGAGGUGUGCAGCGCUGGCACCGAGGCCAUUCAGCAGUUCCUCUGCAAAGCGUUGGGGCUGGAAUACUACCCCCCUUCUCAGUACCUGCUGCCUGUUCUGGAGCAAGAUGGAACCAAGACCUCCCAAGACAGCCCUGAUGGGCCUUCAGACAGAUUCUGCAGGGAGGAGGUGGAGUGGCAGAACAGGUUCUCGGACUAUGAGAAGAGAAAGGAGCAGAAGAUGCUGGAGAAACUUGAGUUUGAACGGCGCCUGGAACUUGGGCAGAGAGAGCAUGCCCAGCUCCUUCAGCAGAGCAACAGUCAGAAGGACGAGAUCCUCCAGACGGUCAAGGAGGAGCAGUCCCGGCUGGAGCAGGGCCUGAGUGAGCGCCAGUGCUACCUGGAUGCAGAGCGUCAGCGGUUGCAGGAGCAGCUGAAGCAGACGGAGCAGAGCAUCUCCAGCAGGAUCCAGAAGCUCCUGCAGGAGAAUCAGAGGCAAAAGAAAAACUCCGAGAUUUUGAAGUCCCUGGAAAAUGAAAGAAUAAGAAUGGAACAGUUGGUGUCCAUAACCCAGGAGGAGACAGAGAACCUGCGUCGCCGUGAGGUCGCCUCCGCCAUGCAGCAGAUGCUGACCGAGGUCUACCAGAGCCGGCUCAUCCAGAUCGCCUGUGAGGCCCAUGGGCAGAACUUGGUCCAGCAGACCUGUUCCAGCAUGGCUGAAAUGGGUGAACGGUUCCAGCAGAUUCUUUCACGGCAACAGAUGGAUAAGAAGAAAGUCAUCAGCCAGAUCCUGCAGGAGAGCGCCAUGCAGAAGGCCGCGUUCGAGGCGCUCCAGGUGAAGAAGGACCUGAUGCAUCGGCAGAUCUGGAAGCAGAUUAAAUUAAUAGAAACUGAGUUAUUGCAGCUGACACAGCUGGAGUUAAAGAGGAAAUCACUGGACACAGAGGCACUACAGAUCCUGUGCCUGGCCUUCCCCCUCCCGGGAAAGGACGUGCAGGCUGGGGAGGAGGAAAUGAUCUCGGAGCAGCGCUGGGCCCUGAGCUCCUUGCUCCAGCAGCUGCUCAAAGAGAAGACACAGCGAGAGGAGGAGCUUCGGGAGAUCCUGAUGGAGUUAGAAGCCAAAAGCGAGAGCAAGCAGGAAAAUUACUGGCUGAUUCAGUAUCAGCGGCUCUUGAACCAGAAACCCCUGUCCUUGAAGCUGCAGGAGGAGGGCCUGGAGCGCCAGCUGGUGGCCCUGCUGGUGGAACUGUCAGCGGAGCACUACCUGCCUAUCUUCGCCCACCACCGCAUCUCACUGGACAUGCUGAGCCGGAUGGGCCCCCGGGACCUGGCCAAGGUGGGCGUCUCUGAGGCCGGCCUGCAGCACCAGAUCCUGCGCAGAGCCCAGGAGCUGCUGGACGCGGCCAGGACCCAGCCAGAGCUCAAGGACGAGGUCCUCCCCACGGCCCCUGAGGAGCCUCCCGAGUCAGUGGAACCGUCAGCUCCCCCCGAAGAGCUGGAGGCACAGAUCUCGGAGUGUGUUGUGUGCCUGGAGCUGGAGGCGCAGGUGAUCUUCCUCAACUGCGGCCACGUCUGCUGCUGCCGGCAGUGCAGCCAGCGCCUGCGCACUUGCCCGCUGUGCCGCCAGGACAUCGUCCAGGGCCUCUGCAUCUACUCCAGCCGCUGAGCACCGGCCGCCGCCCCCGCAGGCCCAGGGCUUCAGCCCCCGGAGUCCUCGGCCCUUGUCCCCACAGCCUGGGAGGGCACCCCAACCCUUGCUCUCCAAGCACGCCUGGGCCAGGCGGGGACAGCAGCAUUCCUGACCAGGGACAUAGCCGGUCCGAACACCGUGGAAGAGGACAGGACCCCUCGCCACACGAGGACAGGGUCUGGGUGGGGCGAGGCAGCUGUGCAUCCAUCUGAGCACAGGACCGAGGGUCCUGGCCACUGUGGCUCUGCCACUUCCCGGCCCCUCCAGCAGCCUCAGCGUCCUCAUCAGGGGAACACUGGGUGGGGUGGUAAGGUCGGGGGGUGCCU